UAUAUUUACGUACAGAAAAGCUGGCAGCGACGCCGAUGUUCGGCGGCACAACCGUGCCUCACAAAGGCGGGAGAGCAAACGGGCUGCUACUAUAGCCUCCCUAAACAGCCAAGUGGACCCCACGGCUCUACCAGGGAACGGACAGCCUGCUGCAGUCAUUCAGGAAGCUGAGCUGCCCAUUGACCCCUCUGGAAGCACAGCUGCACCCACAGAGGAUAUGCCUGAGCAGGAACCACUAGGAAAUGGUGACAUGCAAAUGAAUCUUACUGGGCAAGGCACCGCUCCUGUGACAUUGCAAACAUCAGUGAUUGGUUCCCAGGCAAGCACCAGCUACCCAAGUGCUUCAACGAGCAGUGAUGCGCAGAGAGAAAGAGCAUGGCUCCACCAAAAAAUUGCUUCUUUAGAAAGAAAGAAUAUUAGGCUUGAAAUGAAGCUUGACGAAGCGAAUUCUAGAAUCCUGACUUUAAAUGUCAUAAAACUCUCGGCUAAGAAGUGUGCUUUUUAUACUGGCCUGCCUAAUUAUGGGGUCUUUCGAAGUCUCUUCGAGUACUUUGAGCCCCGAGCCAGUAAAAUGUCGUACUGGGGUGCAGAAAGGAAAGCUAAUAGUAAUGUCCCUGGCAGACCAAGGGAACGGGAACUUGAAGCAGAGUUUUUCAUGGUACUUGUGCGGCUAAAAACUGGCAUGCCUGGAGAAGAGGUUGCUCGAAACUUUUUAAUGUCCGCAAGCCAUGUCAGCCGCAUUUUUGCCACCUGGGUUAAUUUCCUUGAGCUUGAACUGGAAGCGAGGGUGCAAAUACCAACAAGGGAGAUGUUAGCACCGUACCUGCCAGGAUCUUUUCGAGGUUUCGAAAAUACUAGGUUGGUGCUAGAUGCUACAGAAGUUCGCAUACAGCGGCCCUCUUCACUUAGUGCACAGAGGCAAACAUUUUCAACUUAUAAGCACUACAAUACUUACAAGGUGCUUUUGGGGUGUACACCUGAUGGCUAUAUUGCUUAUGUGUCUCGUCUAUGGGGAGGUUCUGUGUCUGACAAGACUAUGCUACAGUGCAGUGGGCUUUUGGAUCUUAUGAAUGACGGAGACGCAAUAAUGGUAGACAAGGGGUUUACGUUUCCUUAUUUGCCACCAGGAAUCGCAGUUUUCCGACCACCAUUCCGUGAGCAACACGAGCCCCAGAUGAGACCUGAAGCUGUGGAGCGAACGCGUCGCAUCGCAUGUGCGAGAGUCCAUGUGGAACGCGCGAUAGGACGCGUCAAAACAUUCCAGAUAUUAAGUAGAGCAUUUCCUAUCAGCAUGAUGGAUAUUGCUGAGCAAGUGUUUAGGGUUUGUUGUUUCCUCUGCAACUACAAACCACCAUUGAUAAAAGACGAGUGACAGCUUCCAAGUGCUUGUUGCAGAGGUUGAUUAAAGCGACACUUAUUCUUUCUAUGCAUUCUUAUUGUUUAGAUUAGUG